UACAAACGACUUCACUUUCUCUUUCCUUUUUUAAUGUUUUUUUAUUGUACUUUUCCCUUUUAGUUAAUUAAUAAUUUAUUAAGUAAACACACCCGGGUAAAACUAAAGAGUGGAAUCACAACCCUAGGAAAGAAAAAAAAAUCGCCUAGAAAGAAAAAGUGAGUUCUCAUCCGUAUCAUUGAUGCUCGUGGAGUUCCCAGCCUACAAGCCGAUAAAUCCAUCAUUCUCCCAUCGCGAUCCCAAUUCCAGUACCAGAUUUUUCAUGACGGCUAAAGAGAAUGAGAUUCCACUAUUUCCUAAUCGGGUGGCGGAUAGUGAUGAUGAUAAUCUAUAUGGGAAAACAGUGUCUAAUGAAGAUGAAGCUUAUACUCUCUACAAUAACUAUGCUUUACGACUUGGUUUCAGUGUGCGCCGAAGUAGAUACCGGUAUUCAAGUAAAACAGGAAAAAUUAGCCAACGUGAGUUUCUAUGUUCCAAGGAAGGCAUCACGGAUGAUGAUAAUCCACUUGAAGUGAAAAAGGUCAAUAGGUUGGAAACACGAACAGGGUGCAAAGCUUUCAUCCGUUUCAGCAUUGAGAAUGGUGUGUGGAAGGUGAUUGACUUCCAGCCCACACAUAAUCAUGAUCUUGCUUCACCAUCAGAGAGGCAUUUGCUGAAAUCUGGUCGAAAGAUUUCAAAGGAAAAGGCAGGUGUAAUUGAUACGAUGAAGGAUGCAGGACUCAGCACAAAAGAUGUUUAUGCAUAUAUUUCCACAGAACACGGAGGAGAUGAAAAUGUUGGGUUUUUACAGAAAGAUUGUUCUAAUCAUGUGCAUAGACAAAAGAUGGUGAAAGUUGAAGCAGGGGAUGCUCAAAGUCUGAUGAAUUAUUUGAAAAAGAAAAAAGCAGAAGACCCAAUGUUCUUUUAUGCAGUGCAAGUUGAUCAAAAGAAUCGGUUAACUAACUUUUUCUGGAGAGAUGGAAGAUCAAAGAUUGACUAUGAUUCUUUUGGAGAUGUGAUGAUAUUUGACACUACCUUUCGUACCAACAAGUAUAAUCUCAUUUGUGCUCCAUUUGUCGGUGUGAACCAUCAUUGGAACAAUGUUAUGUUUGGUUGUGCAUUCUUAUUGGACGAGACUGCGGCUUCAUUUAAGUGGUUAUUUCAGUCCUUUUUAGAGGCAAUGGGCAAUAGAGAACCUGCGACUAUCUUCACAGACCAAGACGCUGCUAUGGCAAAGGCAAUUAGAGAAGUGUUUAAAACCACAAAGCAUCGCCUAUGCUUAUGGCACAUCAGCAAAAAUGCACCGUCACAUUUGGGUCAUCUGAGUGGGGAUAAGGAGUUUCAAGCAUUGUGGAAUAAGUGUUGUACAGGCUGUGAGACAGAGAUGGAAUUUCAAGAAACGUGGGACAAGAUGAAUGAGAUAUAUGAUCUUUCUGGUCAUAGUUGGCUCAAUGGCAUGUAUCAGAUUCGUUCGAAGUGGAGUACUGUCUUUGGUCAUGACUUUUUCUCUGCCGGUAUCAAAUCAUCUCAAAGAAGUGAAAGCACAAAUAAUGUAUUGAAUAGCAUUUCAGGGAAGACCACAUAUCUUACUGAGUUCACUAUUCAGUUUGACAAAUUAGUUACAGGUAUGAGAUCGAGGGAGCUUCAAGAGGACUUUCGAUGCAAACAAGGUACUCCAAAGCCAUUGGUUAGGUGUGGUAUCUUAGAGCAUGCUGCAAUAGUCUAUACCAGAACUAUGUAUAUGGUAUUCCAAAAAGAAUUUAUCUCGAGUCUUGCAACAAUAUGGAGAGAAGUCAAUACAAAUGAAUCAGUGUCUACCUACGAGGUGCAAGAAGAGGGGCACAGUCGAGUUCGCACGGUUCGUUUUCAUGAAGAGAAGAAUGAAGUUCUUUGCUCAUGCAAGAAGUUUGAGGCCAAAGGGAUUCUUUGUUGUCAUGCUCUACGGAUCCUUAGUGUCAAGAACAUCACAAAACUGCCUAAUGAUUAUAUUUUGCAACGUUGGACGAAAGAAGCAAAAAAAGGGAUGAUGGGAUAUGAGAAAGGAUAUGCUUCAAGGAAGACCAAUGAAGAGGCAAAGAUUGUAUGGCGGAACUCCAUGAUGCGCAUAGCUAGCAAUCUUAUAUACAAAAGCCAACACACUGAAAGCAUCAGAAAAACAUUUCAAGAAAGUUUGUUGAGUCUUGAAAUGAAGCUAGAGCAAGAGUUGGAAAACAUAGACUUGGAUGGUCAUAUUGGCAAAGAGGCUACUGAAACUGACAUAAAUGUGGAACCGAUAUUGAAUCCACCAUGUGCGAAGUCGAAAGGACUAAACUACACAAGAGAAAAAGGUCACUUUGAAAAGCGCAAAGCAAAAUCAACAAAAGUGUCAUCGCGAAAAAAGUCCCAAUCAAAUUCCAUGCAUGAACAAAUGACUCUCGAAAGGAAUCCACAGUAUCCAACAUUGCAACAAUAUGUAAGGAAUGCACAGUAUCCAGCAUUGCCAUCUCUUGCGCCUCAAUUUAGUGGAGUUGGACAUUUUGCAACUUCAAAUCCUUUGGGUAUGGCUAUUCCAGAUACUUCUUUUAUGAAUGUCUUGCCAAAUAUUGUUCCAAUGGUUCACUUAAACCAGGGUUCGCUCCCUCAAGUAUACUCAGACAUUCCCAUAUGGCAAUUAAGAGAAGACAAUACGACCUCAAAAUCAGUCAACUGACAAUAGGAAUUUCGACAUCCUUGUGGAGUUUUAUUUUUCAUGAACACACUUUUGACUCUUUCAUUUUCAUGGACACACUUUGGAUACUGGAUACUUUCUUUGUGUUUGGCUUUUACAAGCAAAGACUUAAUUGUUUGUGGGUCGACAACUUUAAUGGACCUUUUAUGUUCAGUUUCUAUGAUUUAUUGAUCAUACAGGAGCUAAGACAUGUUGUAAAAUGAGACUGUUACAUUAUCAUGUCAAUAGUCAAUACUCCACGUGCCAAAGCCCCACCAGUUGGAUUCCAAAAUCAAAUCCUUCUAUUACUUACAUCAUCGUUCAACACGUGAAAAAUGAGCUACAUAGCACACUGUAUCUCUUCUAUGUACAUGCCCUAUAACAACAACAACGACAGUAGCAUUGAGAGCCAUCUCUAGUAUGCUUGCCGCCUGAAACAACAUCUGUUGAGAACAAAAGCAACAUUAUCAU